AUUAUUACCGGACAGCAGAGGCGGAUUUAUCUUUUUUACGGCUAUAGGCACCAAAAAUUUGCCGCUCCUAUAAUAGGUGAAAAAGUUACAAUACCCCUCCAAAAUACCUACUCUAAAUAUUUAAAGCGCUUUACACACUACCUGAUUUGGUCGGGCCGAUAGGAUACCUGACCAAAUCAGACGUUGCGUACACACAGUACGACCACCACAUGAUGUAGUCAGUCUAGUUCGUGCCCACUUGUGUUCGCAUGUCCAAACCAACUAUACCCAAACCACAAUAAAUCAUGGCUCCGUUAUCAAACCAACAAAAAUUGGGAAUUGGUUUAAUAGCAUUAUCAUUGACAUUGACGGAAGAAAAGAAAAAACGAAGAAUGUGGGCAAAAAAAUGGUUAAUUGAACGAAGAAAAUUCAGCCACAUGACAUUACUAAAAGAAUUGGAUAGUGAUGAUUUUCGUACCUAUUUAAGAAUGGAUUACAAUUGUUUCGACGAAUUACUAAAUUUAGUAAGUCCGUUGAUCACUAAACAAAAUACUCAUUUGCGAGAAGCUGUCAGUGCCGAAGAAAGACUUGUUGCCACACUAAGAUAUUUGGCAUCAGGCAGAGAAUAUAAUGAUUUAAAAUUCAGUACUGCAAUUUCUCCACAGUUACUUUCAAAAAUAAUUCCAGAAACGUGUCAUGCUAUUUUUAAAGUGCUGAGAAAUUUUUUAAAGAUACCUACAACAGAAAACGAAUGGUUAGAACAGGCAAAUCAAUUUGAAACCCAGUGGCAGUUUAAUAAUUGUGUAGGUGCAAUGGACGGAAAGCAUGUCCUAAUCAAUAAACCACCAGGAAGUGGAUCUCUAUAUUACAACUAUAAGGGUACAUUCAGUGUUGUUUUAUUUGCAGUUGUCACAGCUGACUACAAAUUUAUGUAUGUUCAUACUGGUGUAAAUGGGAGCGUUUCCGAUGGUGGUGUUUUAAAACAUACAACAUUUUAUAAAAAACUAACUUCAGGACAACUAAUGCUACCACAACCUAAGUUGCUUCCUAAUACAAAUACAACAGUACCGUAUGUUUUCUUAGGUGAUAGUGCAUUUGCGAUAUCUAAACACAUUUUAAAACCAUUUCCUCAAAAAAACUUAACACAUGACAAGCGCAUUUUUAACUACAGACUAUCACGCGCGAGAAGAGUAGUUGAAAAUGCGUUUGGAAUUUUAUCAUCGCGUUUUAGAUUGUUUAAAAAGCCGAUAAUGGUUGACGUUAAAAAUAUUGAUGUAAUAAUUCUAGCAUGUUGCGCUCUGCAUAAUUUUUUAAGCAAAAAAUCAAAAAAUUACAUAACAAAUAACUGUGUAGACAGAGAAGAUUUUGAAUGUGCUACACUCCGAGGCGGUCUUUGGCGGCAGGAACAAACAUUGUUGGAUGUAAAUCAAUGUAAUCAAUCAAAUACAGAAGAAGGCAAAACCGUCAGGAACAUAUUUAAAGAAUAUUUUAAUGGUGUAGGCAGUGUAGAUUUCCAAGAAAAGAUGAUAAAUGUAUUGGGAAACUAAAAUUUGUAAUAUAAUGUAUAUAUAUAUAUAUAUAUUUUAAUCACUGUAAACAUUUAGUCUGUAGUCUUAAAUUUGUAUCUAAUUAAGUAUUUUUCAGUAAUCUAACAUAAGAUAUAUUUUUUAUCCAUAAUACAUAGUUUUUGUUACAU